AUGGAUCACGCAGUCUCCCAAGAGUCCGACAGCACUUCGGAGAUGGAUGAACAGUCCAAAGCGUGGGAGUCCGAUCCGCGCUCGCUCACAGCGCAACUCGCCCAUGAUGGCACCAGUCGCCCAGCCUCACAGAUCGAAUGUGGCAUUGGCCAUCGAGUACAGGCCAGUCGGUCCGUACUAGCCCUCGUCAUUGACGACGAAUGCGUUUUUGCGGGUCUACAGGGGGGAGACAUUGUCGCCUGGUCCCUGGAAACAUACGAACUGGUGCUGUCCGUCCAUGCCCACCAGGAAAGUGUGCUCGACCUGUAUCUGUCGGAGGAUAGGGAUCUGCUCUUCUCCAGUGGAGGCGACUCCAUCAUCAACGUCUGGUCGACCCGCACGUUCGACCGGUUAUACUCCAUCCACUCGCACCACGAUGUGGGAGAUCUAUUUGCCGUCGCAUACUCUUCUUCACUAAAGACCAUCUACUGCGGUGGCCAAAACACCAGCAUUCAAUGGGCCGACAUCUCUGAAGCAGACGCAGCUACCGCCCAACUAUCAGUCGAUCAGCUAUCACGGCGCACGCAUCGGUUCUUUGACUCUCGAGGGCCUGACGGUUCUCGCGCUCCCAAGCCGGACGCAAAUGCCGACGGGACCUACCCCGUCACGCAGGGAGGCCAGGUCCUCACGUUCAAGCGGGACCACCACAAGCUCUUUGCUCACCAUGGCUACAUCUACACCAUGCUCCUGGUGCGUGGACUGGUGGAGUCCGCUCCGUCAGAAGAGGUCCUUCUCACCGGAGCCGGGGACGGGGUCGUCAAGCUCUGGCGCUUGGCCCAGGAUCCGCACAACGCCGUGCCAUCGCAGAUAGCCAAACUGCAGAACGGCGACCCGGUGCUCUCGCUCGCUGUGGAUGGAUCCUUUCUAUACUGUGGUCUGGCCGGAGGGGCGCUGAAUAUCUGGAAUCUCGACUCGCAUCAGCUGGUGAAACGCAUUACCCGGCAUACGGGUGAUCUCUGGGCCGUUGACAUUAUCAAUGGAGUUGCCGUGUGUGGUGAUUCUAACGGAAUAGUCAAGAAAUUCAACUCCCGCUUCGAAGAAGUCGGAAGCUGGGUCGCUCACGAAGGAACGAUGCUGGCCUCGGCUGCUGGUCAAUUCAAGGACCGCUUCAUCUAUGCAACAGGCGGAAACGACAACACUGUCGGUAUCUGGGACUUGACUGAAGUCUCCGCCACCCAGGGGGAGCUACCGCCAAUUGAUAACGGUGAGGAUUUCCCUUCCCUACCUUAUUCUAUUCCAGUACUGACGGCUCCAGAUGAAAUGGUCAACUCGCUAGCAAAGUUUGUCGCCUUCAAGACCGUCUCAGCAAGCCCUAAAUUCGCUGGAGAGUGCAAUCAGGGUGCGGCUUUUCUCCGCAGACACUGCAUCUACUUGGGUGCGCAAACCAAACUUCUGCCUACCGGGCAAGACACCAACCCGAUCGUCCACGCCCGGUUCAACGCUACCUCUCCCGAGAAACUCGAAAAGACCAUUCUAUUCUACGGCCACUACGACGUUGUCGGGGCCGAUGCCAACGAGGCCAAAUGGAAGACUGAUCCCUACCAGCUGACGUCCAUGGAUGGGUUCCUCUACGGCCGCGGCGUGUCCGACAACAAGGGCCCGAUCCUCGCAGCCCUGUAUGCGGCCGCCGAGCUCGCCCGACAGAAGAAGCUCCGCUGCGACGUCGUGUUCCUCAUCGAGGGCGAGGAAGAGUCCGGCUCGCAGGGCUUCCACCAGACGGUUCGCGAGCACAAGUCGCAGAUCGGCCCGGUGGACUACAUUCUCCUCGCCAACAGCUACUGGCUCGACGACUACAACCCGUGUCUGACAUACGGACAGCGCGGUGUCGUCCACGCGAAUCUCGUCGUCACCAGCGACCACCCCGAUCUACACAGCGGCAUCGACGGCAGCGCCCUGCUCGACGAGCCGCUGAAAGACCUCACCAUGCUCCUGGGCACCCUGGUCGGACCCAAGGGCCGCAUCAACCUCCCCGGGUUCCACGACCCGGUCCUCCCGCUCUCCGAAGCCGAGAAACAACGAUACACCACCAUCGCUCAGAUGCUCCUCCAGCGACACCCGCAAAUUGCCGACUGCGACGCGCUAAUCAACUCACUGAUGCAUCGCUGGCGCGAGCCCUCCCUCACCAUCCACUCGAUCGAGGUCCCCGGCAACAGCAAGAGCACGACGGCGACGAUCUCGCGCAAGGCAAAGGCGAGUCUGUCGAUCCGUCUGGUGCCGAACCAGGAGGCCGACGACGUGGCCGCCGCUCUGACGCUGUACGUGCAGGAGCAGUUCGACCAGCUCGAGUCGCAGAACGACCUCACGGUCGAAAUCACGGGCAAGUCUGAUCCCUGGCUGGGCGACCCGGACAACGAGAUGUUCGAGACCCUGGCCGAGGCGAUCACGGUCGCAUGGACGCCCGAUCACAAGUCCCAGCGGCAUCAGUACCCUCCCGUGGCGAAGACGCCGCUGCACGCGCGCACGUCGGCGACCAAGGAGUCGCGUGGGCUGGGGCGCAAGGACUCCUCGGACAGUCUGGCGUCGCAUAUCGACCGCAUCAUCAUGUCGUCGACAACAUCGUCGGCGGAGAAGGUCGCCGCACGCCAGCGCUCCUCAGCGGGCACGACGGUGCCCACGUCGUCUACCCUAACCAGCAAGACCAUCGCGUCCAGCAACGACGCCACGUCUCGCGACCCCUCCCCGGCGUCGUCCAGGUCCCCGGCGGAGCCCAUCUCCGGGGCAUCCGGCGUGCGGCCGAUGUACAUUCGCGAGGGCGGGUCCAUCCCUACGAUUCGGUUUUUGGAGAAGGAAUUCUCCGCGCCGGCGGCCAAUCUGCCGUGCGGCCAGGCCAGCGACAAUGCGCACUUGUAUAACGAGCGACUCCGGGUCGAGAAUCUGUACAAGAGCCGGGAAAUAUUUCGCCAUGUGUUUUUGCAGUUGCCAGAAAGGGGGCGUCAGUAG